GCGAAUAAAGCUCAUCCCUGUCACCACUGCGCCAUCACUCGGGAAGACGUCAAUACCGCGAGGGGGUACCAGUGGCGUGACCUGCCCAUGCGUGAUCCUCAAAAGCUUCUGGAUGCGGCUUAUCGCCAUCGGGAUACAAACGAUCCUCGAGAAAGAGCGCGCAUCGAAGAGCGUUAUGGUGUCAGAUGGUCGCCAAUGCUCGAGUUAAUCGGAUACCAGCACUCGGCGUCGAAUCCAGUAGAUCCUCUGCACAACUCCUUCCUCGGGAUGGCAAAAUCGCUAGUCAACAUGCUGCUCGCGAACGAGAGUCUCUUCAAGGCUGGUAGCGGACUCAAAGCCGAUCAGUGGAAACGGGUGGUCCAGAUGCUCCCCAUCGCCCUAUACGUCGCUUGGCGCGAGGAGGAGUCUGAUGACAUAUCCUUCGAGCCCGUGGAACAGGAUCCCGACGAUGAACCAGCUCCCCCGGAACCGUCUACCGACAGACGUAAAUGGUACAGUACCAUUCUGUCGUUUUGCUCCGGUAUUCGGAUCUUGCACGCACACUCGAUCACGCAGCAGGACGCGGAUGACGGAGUACAAUAUCUAUCAAAUGCGGCUCAAUCGAUCAUCCAACUCGACGGUCAUCUUACGCCCAAUUGGCACAUCGCCAUGCAUUACUCUCAGUUUGUCCGCUUAUACGGACCCCUGCAUGGCUACGGGACAUGGCCGUUCGAGAGAAACAACGGCGUCCUCUCCAGAAUCAAUCACAAU